AUAAAAAUGCAUAUUCUAAUAGAAGGUCCUCGAGCAUUCUCAAACUUCGUGAUCAGAAAACCACGUCCUCUCUAUUUCGAAAGGUAAGAGCUUAGGAUCAACGAUAUGGCAGCAGAAAACGUCCAAAAUGAGAAGACACCUUCCCCUGUUACUCCAAAUCCAGCCAUGACUUCAUGUAGAAAGAAGAAGAACGAAGAAGCGACUUUUCUGGAAGAUAUCAAGGAUCACAUUGAUGAAUUCAUCCAUGCUUCCAUGGAUGAACACAAAACCUGCUUCAAGAAGACCAUCCAAAAGAUGUUCGGCAUGUCAAAAGUUGUUGCAGAGAGGAAUGCCAAGGCUAAAGAGGUUGAAAGUUCUCUGCCCCUGCAAACAACAUUGGCCGAGUAGGAUAUUCGGCACCUCUUGAUAUGAUGAACUAUAGUAUUAAAAGGGUAGAAAAAGAAUGAGAUAUGACAAUUCACUAUGCUGUCAGUAUUUUAGUAUGUUGGAUGCUUUUGACUUGUAAAUUUCACUUUCUUAUUUCCAGUGUCUAUUUUAGUAUAAGAAUGGUUUUGUGGAACUUGGAUUGAUUUCAUUGCACUGGAGUUCUGCUCUU